AUGACGACCGUACCGAAAGCUAUCGUUAAAUGUGUACUUUCCGGAGAUACGCUAAUUAUUCGUGGUAAACCUACCGGAAACCAACCUCCACGAGAAAAGCAAAUUAGUCUGGCUUAUAUCCAGGCCCCGAGGAUGGGAAGCCAGAAAAAAGAUGAUGAACCUUUUGCAUUCGAAUCUCGGGAAUUUCUUCGCUGUCAGAUCGUGGGUAAAGAAAUUACAUUUCGCAUAGACUAUACUGUUCCUACUACCAAUAGAGAAUAUGG